AUGGCAGAGCACGUCCAGAGCCUGCCGGAGAGCCUCCAGCUCAGGAUCCUCUCGCUGUUGACCGAAUCAGCUCCUGCCGCCUCACCGACGGCGGAUGCUCGCCUCGAGGGCUCCUACCGUGCUUGGGCACACGGGCUCGCGGCACGGCUCGCAGCGCAUCGGGUGGCGUGGCAGGACGAUAUGCUCCCAACUGGCGCGGCCUCUUCGCUGCUCGGCGCUGCGGAGGAGCUGCCCGCUGACGCGCUCGCGCCCGCUGGCAUGGGUGCGUCGGUCGCUCGUUGGCGCGACGAGUCGGUGCGCAGCGACCGGAUCGGCUGGGUGCCGCUCGAGCCGUCAAGCGGGAGCGGCGACUCGCCGUUUGGGGCGCUGCAUGCGACCAGCGGCUGGUCUGAGCUCCGCGCCGCGCUCUCCGACGUGGUCGCUGCUCUCAACCACGAAGCGGCUGUCCGGCCGGGCGGCGAGCGGCUCCGGCUGCCCGAGAAGCUGAUGCUGGCGCACUACCCGCGCGGCGGGCGGUACGUGCGCCACUCGGACGUCUCGGCGGCGACGAGCCACCGCCGCGUCACCGUGAUCGUCUACCUCAACCCGGAGUGGGACCCGUCCCGGGGAGGGCAGCUCCGCCUCUUCCUGCCGCCUCACUCCUCCUCCGGCCGCUGCUCCGCACCCUGCAGCCCGCCGUCGGAGGGAGAGACGGCGACGGCGACCAUCCUUCAGCUGGCUGCGAUGGCGACCUCCGGGGCCGCCCCGCCAGCCUCGCCGUGCCUGGGCCCGCCACCCGCCGCAGCGUCGCAACAAACCUCGCCGCCCUCCGCCUCUCCGCCCGCCGCCUCGCUGCCCUCCAUCUUUGUGUCUGUGGCGAGCUACCGCGACCCCGAGGCGCCGCACACCAUCCGAUCGCUCUUCGCCCAAGCGGAGAGCCCCUCGCGCGUGCUCGUCGGCGUCUGCUUCCAGUGCGCGCUCGACGGGGACGAGGCGCACAGACCCGCACCCUCUCCAGUCGCAGACGCGGACUGCCUCGACCUGAGCCUGCUGCGGCCCGAGUGGGCGGCGAACGUGCGCGUGCUGCGGCUGCCUUGGAGGGAGGCCAAGGGCCCGGUCUGGGCCCGCUUCCUCAUCCAGCGGCGGCUGCUCCGCGACGAGGACUACUACCUCCAAGUCGACUCGCACAGCAGGUUCGCCCCGGGGUGGGACGCAGAGCUGCUCGCCAUGCUCAAACGCUGCGCCUCUCCGAAGCCCGUCCUGACCACGUACCCGCUGCCGUACGACGGGGACGCGCAGGGAGCCACCCUCUCGCAGGAGCGGCGCGCCACCCUCCUCUGCACGCGCGCCGCCAGAGACGACGCCUUCGGCGCCGACGGGAUGCUGCGCUUCCGGGCGCGGCUCCUCGAGCGGCAGCCGUGCAGCCCGCUCCCCACGGCCUUCUGGGCGGCGGGCUUCUCUUUCUCCGCCUCCUCCCUCGUGCGCGAGGUGCCAUACGACCCGCACCUGCCCUUCCUCUUCUUCGGCGAGGAGGUGUCACUCGCCCUCCGCAUGUGGAGCCGCGGCUGGGACCUCUUCGCGCCCGACGCGCACCUCGUCUACCACAAGUGGGCGCGAGGGCAGCGCAAGGGCACCUUUUGGGAGGUCGAGGGGGGCGCCGCCCUCAAGCGCGAGAGCCAGGCGAGGGUGCGACGCCGCGAGUGGUACGAGGAGUACUCCGGCGUGCGCUUCGAGGCCAAGCAGGUGAGCGCGCAGGCGGAGCGCGGGGGCAUGCCGACCGAGGCGUGCUUCUGGAACCAGUUCGCCUGUCUCGACGCUUGGCUGCAGGCGAGGGAGGCGCAACACCCGGAGGAGUGAGGUGGGACCGGACCUCCUCACACCAA